AUGAAACUAGAAGAAUUGGUUGGCUUGUUGGAAGCACAUGAGGUGAGGAUUGUCGAAAGGAAAAUUGUCCAAGAUUUGAUACAAGCACUACAAGCUCAGACCUGGAAGAAACAUGGUGGUUCCAACAAGCCUCGUUGGUACAAGAAAGGCAAGAGUGAAGGAGCAAACCUUGCACACCAAAGUUCAGAUGAUUCUGAAGACGUCAUGGUUAUGAAUGCAGUUGCAGAUGAGCAUGUUGAAUCCAAAAUUUGGUUCCUCGACAUAGGUUGCUCUAAUCACAUGAUUGGUAGGAAAGUGUGGUUGGAAUAUUUUGACGAGUCGAAGAAGAUCAAGGUCAAGUUUGUUGAUAAUAGCUCGUUGCAAGCAGAAGAUACUGACGACAUCAUCAUGCAAAUGAGCAAUGGAGCAAAAGCUAUUAUCAAAUAUGUAUUAUAUGUACCUGGAAUAAAGUGCAACCUGCUAAGUGAUGGACAACUGGUCGAAAAAGGUUUCUUAGUGGUUAUGAAAGAUGAAGCCUUGGAACUGUUCGACACCUAG